AUGGGGUGUGGCUUGAGGAUUGCACGUGUGCCUUUGCAGUGGGCAGCAUUCCUAAUCGCUUUGAUGCGCACGCCUUCCCCGGAAGAAGAGCCCCAUAUCUUGUCGAUCGGCAGGGACACAGAUUACCGACGACUUGUCUCCAGCGUGCGAAGAACUCUCCGAGCCCGAGUAAACGGUCUCCAAGGCCCAGCACCGCUGUCUGGGGACCUGCUCAUCACCAUAAAGAGAAGAUCAACGCGGUUUCCGCCGCAGUCUGGGGCCAUGGAGUAUAUGCCCAUGCUGGAGUCAGGGCUCCAGACUUCAAGGCCUCUGGCAGCUGGAACAAUCGCCAGUCGAGGGCUCGUAAGGAAGGAGUUUAGGCACGACGACACCGCCUAG